AGUGAAGGAUUGGGCACUGUGGGAGGGAGCCUCGGUUCUGUCUGAGCACCCCCUGUCUGCGUGCCCAGUUGGGGUGAGUCAGGGCCUGAGUCAAGGGGCCCUGCCCCUGCCAUCCCAAAGUGAGGGCCUCUGAUGGGAUUAGAAGGUGUGGCGGACUGCCCCGCCCUCAGCCGUCAGCCUGGUGGGCAGAACCCGCAUCCUGUAUCCUUGCCCACCUCCACCCCAUCCCCACCCAGGAGCCAACCCAAGGCCUCACUGACCUGGGGACCAACAAAAAGGAGGGUCGGAGGGAAGUGUCGAGUAACUGACUGAGGUGUGGGCCAAGGCCAGGUUCCCCUCCCCUAGGAAAUGGGUGAGAGGCUGGGGGACCCGUUGAUGGCCUGGAUGCCUCCCUCCCUUGCCCAGUCUCCGGGAACCCCAUAUGGGAAAACUGGCAGGGUAGAGGAGCACGGAUGCUGGGAGGGGCGGUCCAGCCGCGGAGCCCCCUGGGAAGCAGUGCAGGUCUUGCUGCCUCACUUUCCUUCCGUCCAGCCUCAGGGCGCUGGGUAGGGAGGCUCCCUGUGGGAGGCAGGCUCCCCCGCUCCCUGCUUGGGAGGGUGAUGUCCCAGCCUGUGGCCCACGCCCCCAUGUGACUUGCUCCUGGCCGUCCGUAUCUGAAAUAAUGAUACCUUGGUCUAAAAUGAAACCCAGGGACAGACAGAGUGGGCCGGCCGCCCAGCCCCAGUCCGGGCUGUAGGUGUCACUCUGGCUUCUCCCUGUGUUUUCCAUUUCCUGAUCCUCUGCCCUCCAGGCAUCCUGGCACCCCCUACCCAGGCUUCUGUUUUCUGCCUCAGAUUCUGGGCACCAACCCCUGUAGAAACCCAGGUGUCCUAGUGCUCCCUCCCCCUAACUGACCAGCCUUCGGUUUUGCCACUCCCUGCCCCUCGGGCCCUGUAACCAGAGCCAGGCUCCAGCCGGCUUUUCCGGUUGGAGGUUGGAGGUGGUGCCCAGAGCGCCCCUGAAGGGGGUGGGGGGCCCACACCCCGGAAGUCCUGAGCCUGCCUCAGACGCGCUCUGGCCCAGUGGCAGAGAGAGCUGGGGCUGGGUGUCUGGAGUCAGAGCCGGAGAGCGAGCGCUUCGGGCUCUGCACCGAGGGUGGGCGGCGGCUGCGUUCUGGGAGAGAGCCACACGGGCCAGCUGGGGGACAGCGGCCCUGUGGACUGCGGGUCCUGACCUCGGAAAGGGCCAGCAGCGUCAGAUGGGAGCGAGGAUCCCGGGGAGCAGAAGUGGGAAGAACAGUAGGAGCUCGGCUCCAGGAAGGAGGAAAGAUGAUUCCGGUGGCCGAGUUCAAGCAGUUCACGGAGCAGCAGCCCGCCUUCAAGGUGCUCAAGCCCUGGUGGGACGUGCUGGCCGAGUACCUCACGGUGGCUAUGCUCAUGAUCGGGGUCUUCGGCUGCACUCUGCAGGUGACACAGGACAAGAUCAUCUGUCUGCCCAGUCACGAACUCCGAGAGAAUCUAUCCGAAGCCCCAUGCCAGCAGCUGCUGCCCCGGGGCGUCUCUGAGCAGAUGGGGGGCCUCCGGGAGGUCAGCGGCCUCAAGAACAACUUGGACCUCCAGCAGUACAGCUUCAUCAACCAGCUGUGCUACGAGACCGCCCUCCACUGGUACGCCAAGUACUUCCCCUACCUGGUCGUCAUCCACACACUCAUCUUCAUGGUCUGCACCAGCUUCUGGUUCAAGUUCCCUGGCACGAGUUCCAAGAUCGAGCACUUCAUCUCCAUUCUGGGCAAGUGUUUCGACUCGCCGUGGACCACGCGGGCCCUGUCCGAGGUCUCUGGGGACAACCACAAGGGCCCCGCUGCGGGACGGGCGACGGCGACCGUGGAGGCGUCCGCGGGGCCAGGAAAGGCAAGUGAGGGUGAGAAGGAAAAGGUGCUGAUGGAGCCUGAGAAGGUGGUGACGGAGCCACCGGCCGUCACCCUGCUGGACAAGAAGGAGGGCGAACAGGCCAAGGCGUUGUUUGAGAAGGUCAAGAAGUUCCGCGUGCACGUGGAGGAGGGCGACAUCUUGUACACCAUGUACAUCCGGCAGACGGUGCUCAAGGUCUGCAAGUUCUUCGCCAUCCUGGUCUACAACCUGGUCUAUGUGGAGAAGAUCAGUUUCCUGGUGGCCUGCAGGGUCGAGACCUCGGAGGUGACAGGCUACGCCAGCUUCUGCUGCAACCACACCAAAGCCCACCUCUUCUCCAAGCUGGCGUUCUGCUACAUCUCUUUCGUGUGCGUCUACGGGCUGACCUGUCUCUACACCCUCUACUGGCUUUUCCACCGGCCCCUCAAGGAGUACUCCUUCCGCUCGGUGCGGGAGGAGACCGGCAUGGGGGACAUACCGGACGUCAAGAAUGACUUCGCUUUCAUGCUCCACCUCAUCGACCAGUAUGACUCGCUCUACUCCAAGCGCUUCGCCGUCUUCCUCUCCGAGGUCAGCGAGAGCCGCCUGAAGCAACUCAACCUGAACCACGAGUGGACGCCCGAGAAGCUUCGGCAGAAGCUGCAGCGCAACGCCCGCGGCCGGCUCGAGCUGGCCCUCUGCAUGCUCCCGGGGCUGCCCGACACCGUCUUCGAGCUCAGCGAGCUGGAGGCGCUGCGGCUGGAGGCCAUCUGCGACAUCACGUUCCCCCCGGGCCUCUCGCAGCUGGUGGGCCUGCAGGAGCUCAGCCUGCUGCACUCGCCCGCCAGGCUGCCCUUCUCGUUGCAAGUCUUCCUGCGGGACCGCCUCAAGGUCAUCCGCGUCAAGUGCGAGGAGCUCCGCGAGGUGCCCCUGUGGGUGUUUGGGCUGCGGGGCCUGGAGGAGCUGCACCUCGAGGGGCUCUUCCCCCCGGAGCUGGCUCGGGCGGCGACCCUUGAGAGCCUCCGGGAGCUAAAGCAGCUCAAGGUGCUAUCUCUGCGGAGCAACGCCGGCAAGGUGCCCGCCAGCGUGACGGACGUGGCCGGCCAUCUGCAGCGGCUCAGCCUGCACAACGAUGGGGCCCGCCUGCUGGCCCUUAACAGCCUCAAGAAGCUGGCGGCGCUGCGGGAGCUGGAGCUGGUGGCCUGCGGGCUGGAGCGCAUCCCCCACGCCAUCUUCAGCCUGGGCGCGCUGCAGGAACUGGACCUCAAGGACAACCACCUGCGGUCCAUCGAGGAGAUCCUCAGCUUCCAGCACUGUCGCAAGCUGGUCACGCUCAGGCUGUGGCACAACCAGAUCGCCUAUGUCCCCGAGCACGUGCGGAAGCUCCGGGGGCUCGAGCAGCUCUACCUCAGCCACAACAAGCUGGAGACCCUGCCCAGCCAGCUGGGCAUGUGCUGCAGCCUCCGCCUGCUGGACAUCUCCCACAAUGGGCUGCGCUCCCUGCCCCCUGAGCUGGGCCUCCUCCAGAACCUGCAGCACCUCGCUCUGUCCUACAAUGCCCUGGAGGCCCUGCCCGACGAGCUCUUCUUCUGCCGCAAGCUGCGGACGCUGCUCCUGGGCUACAACCACCUGAGCCAGCUCUCGCCCCAGGUGGGGGCCCUCAGAGCCCUCGGGCGCCUGGAGCUCAGGGGCAACCGCUUGGAGGUGCUGCCAGAAGAGCUUGGCAACUGCGUGGGGCUCAGGAAAGUGGGGCUCGUGGUAGAGGAUGCCCUUUACGAGGGCCUGCCAGCAGAGGUGCGGGAGAAACUGGAGGAGGAAUGAAGCGAAGGUGGGGAAGGUUGGGGUAGAGGCCUUCUGGAUGCUUCCACGCCAGAGUCUCUGCUGCUGUCUUCAAGAGAGGUGGCCAAGACGGCCCAGGCCAAGAGAGGAGGAGCAGACACAUCAGCCUCGUGGGGUCCAGGCAAGAUCCUGGGGCUGGUCUGAGAAGAGACGGGAGGCCGUGGAUUUGGGGUGGAACGUCAGAGAGGGAUUAACUCAGUCCUUGGAUUCUCAGGCUAAAACCACACCUGUGUCUUUGGCUGGCUGGCUGGCCUGCCCCGCCCGUGGACAUUCUAGCUCAAUUAGUGCCAUAUAAGGGGGUGCGGCACAUCCCAAUGGGAUUUCAACCCUCCCCCCACCCUGGGCCAAAACAGCUUCUAUCUGGGGUCCUCUCCCAAGGAGGGGACACAGACACAGGAGACCGGCGACCCUCACCCCCAGCUUUGAUGCCAACCCCUUAUUUAUAAGUUGUUUGCUACAUACACGUGCACUCAGAAAAAUGGUUCUCACAUUUGGCUACGCAUCAAAAUCAACAUCCCCAAAACAAAACAUCUUGGGCCCCACCCCUGAAAGACUGACUCAGGUCUGGCUGGAGACCAGGAACCUGACUGUCAGUAAGCAUCCCAGGUAAUUCUAAUGAAGGUGGUCCUAGGUCUGUAUGUUGGGAAUUGUGGACCUCCAGAAUCUGGAUGUCCAGUGCAGGGAUUCGGAACCCUUUUUAAGUCCUAGACUUUUUUAAACAUCUGAUAAAAGCUGGGCACCUCCUUUCCCAGGAAAAUGCUCAGGUACACAUACAUGCAAAGUUCCGCAAGCGACUUCGGGCAGGCAGCAGAUUCCCCCAGACGUCCCAGAGGGCCAUUCAUGGACAUCCGAAGGAUGGCAGACUCCAGGGUUCAGAACGCCUGCGACGGAGGUUACAUUCUUCUGAGCACAGGCAGGAACUUGUCUUUCAAAUACUCCCUGUAUGAGGGAGCAUCUAUCAGAGGAUGCUCAAUAAAUAAUACGAAUUAUGAAAACUAAACUUCUGAUCUCUGGUAUCCAUUUCUGUUGUCUAAGCCUUCCAUUUCACCAGACCGGUCGGUUAUAGGCAAGCAGUGA